CAGGACGACUCGGUACAAAAGUACAUGCUUUUGUCGUCACAACAGGAGGUCCUCCGCCGUCGCCUGUCUCUCCACAUCCCCACCUCCGCCCCCAUGACGGCCUCGUCACCUGAAUUCCAGUCUCUGGCAUCGUCACCCGUAUACUCUCGGCCUACCUACGCUGUGCCCUGGUCGGCUGAUCCGGACUACGCCUCGGCCUGGCCAUCACCUACCGAACCCAUCCCAGCACAACCCGGGAUGGUCCACCGAAACACCAUCGACGACCCACACUGCGAAGACUCCCACAAGAUGUGUGAGAUCAAUCAGGAGAUCAAGGCUACUCUUACCGAGCUGCUGAACACCGACUCUGUACGCUCAGACGAAAAGUACCGGGCCUGGGUGCAAGCACGCCUUAUGGAUGCGGAACACCAGAUCCGCCAGCAGCGCCGUCGCCGAUCCAGUGGCUCCAUCGUCGACCGAGAGUUCGCCUCGUCUAUCGCAGAGCACCUGGACCUUGGCAUCCAUUCCUGCAAGACCUGGAGUUGA